AUGGAGGUAACUGAAUUUAUCUUCAAAGAGAGAGAGGAGGCUCUCCUUGUGGGAGACUACAAUGCCUACCGGGCGCACACUACCAGAAAACUGCAGAAACUCCGCAAGAAGCUUGGUCAGGCCACUGUCAAAGGCCGCAAGUAUACUGCCAAGCCAGCUGUGACUGCUGAAAAUGUUGGAAGCAAUGUGUCAUAUGUACACCUUUUGCUUCUUAGUUCCGAACGAGCUUGGGCGCAAGCAAUGCACAUGAAGUCCACACAUUCCGCAGAUCCUUCCGCAAAGGCCAUCUCUGGCGCUGCUCGGCGUCACGUUAUUUCUCGACUGAACAAGGCCACUGGAUAUGCGCAGCAUCUGGUCUCGCUGCUCCACGAGCAGGCGCUAUCUGGGGCGAGUGAUGUGGAUAUCCUAGAGACUCGGGCUUAUUUGGCAAUGAUCUCCGGUACUCUGUGGCUUGAAAAGCGGAGGUGGGAACAGUGUCUUCGAGAUUACUCCCUUGCCAGAGUGGUUUACACGGCUUUGGGCCAAAGGAUCAAGAAAGAUGCUUUUCGGGACCUGCUCUCGGGAACUGUUGACCCAAGUCUCCGAUACGCAGCUUAUCAGAUGAAGCUCCCCCGCUCCAAACCCACCUCAUCGCUGGCCAUUGAAUUCUUCCCAUUGGAUUCUGAGAUUCGCGCCGAGGUUGAGAAGGUCGACCCCUCUUGUCUUGCUGAAGAAGCAGCCGGUACUCGACGAACUGCAGAAGGAGAAGUGCAGGAAUUGCCCCAGUCUGUUACCUGGAGAUCGCGAACCGUCCCACUGGAUGACGCUUCAAUCUCUCAAUCGUUAGCUGCUGCUUCAGCUGCGGAGGCUCGCCUCACUACUUGGCUGGCAGACGCAGGAAAGUCUGCCCCUGCUAAGGAGAAAGCCGCUGCAUAUGAUAACGUGAUUAUCGCCAGUCAGGAUGCUGUCGAUGCUACGAAAUCUGCCAUUGAUGACCUGGCUAGUGAGGGUGUUGAUCCCAGUGAUAAGAGAAUGCAGGCACUCCAAAUCACUCGAACUGCAGUUAAUUACACUUUGGUUGGCUGGCGAGUCGGCCGUAACCGGGUGUUGUGUGGAGAAAGGGACGGUUUGUCAUUUGAGGAACAACAACCCACAAGUGGAAAGGAAACUGCCAAGCACACCACAGGAAAUGGCAAGAAGUUGAACAAGCUCCGUGAGCGUGUCGUCCUGUAUGAUUCGACACUUCAGAGUUUGGAAUUUAUUCUCGAACUUCCAGGUGUGGCAGCCGACUCAGACUUUGUGCAGGAUCUAGAGGCCAAGCGGCACUAUUUCCGUGCUCUCAGAUGUCUUGCUAUAGGAAGAUCCCAUGGAGUGCUUUCGAAGUCAAAGGAGGCUCUUGCACUAUUUUCCCAAGCCCUGAACCUCGCCGCCUCCGCCACUCCUCGGUCAGCAGAAGAUGCUGAAGGUGUCCCAAAGCUCGACGUCUCACAGGUGCAAUCAAGUACCUUGCAGUCAACUUUGCGAGAUUUGGUUGCCCGGUAUCGUGGACUUGUCACUCUAGAGAAGGUGACUGCUGAAGAAGCAUCACAGUCGAGCCAGCGGCCAGUGGUGGAACGCCUACAACAGUUCGCAGGAUCCGGACUGGACCUCAGUAAUUUGGUGCCGUACCCACCUAAAAUGCAGCCCAUUCCCGUGAAACCUUUGUUCCUUGAUGUGGCAUGGAACUACAUUGAUUACCCACGUGAAGGUCAGCAACAGGAGGCUCCAACUCAGCCACAAGCACAGGCCCAAGGUCCCGUGGAAGAAGAGACGAAAGGCCGUCGUGGAUGGUUUGGUUUUGGCGGUCGUUGA